AUCAAUUUCAUACACAAACUGACGAUUAAAACCGCGUUUCACAGCCAAAUGGACUCGUUUUGUGGCUCUAAAUACUGGGACUUAAACAAGACAUGGCAUACAGAUAAUCCGGACUUUACAUCAUGUUUUCAGGACACGGCCCUAACAUGGACUCCAUGCGCCCUAUUCUGGUUGUUAUCAUUACUACUGGUUAUCAUGAGUGCAGUGGAACUCAUCAUAUCGUUGGCAAACAUAUCCACAAUACAUGCCAAUGAAGAUCACUUGCAUUUUAGUGGGGAAAUGGAUGCAAAUGUCACGGACUUCAUAUUCAGUAUUCGUAUGGCUUACUGUCCGAUCAUUAUCUGUCAGUUUAUACUCUCGUGUUUCGCGGAUGUGGUCAUCAUUAAGACGAGAGACGCAAAAGAAGUCUGUCCCAAAAACACGGCAUCAAUACUAUCGAUACUGACCUUCUGGUGGGUCAACCCAUUGAUACAUUUAGGCUACAAAAGGCCGCUCACACUACUGGACAUGUGGUCACCUAACCGGUCGUUCCUAACCGAUUAUAACCUCAAAAACUUCAACAAACACUACUACAAACUAUCACCUAGAACAAAAGUCUUUCCAAUCAGUGCCAACUUCAAUGUCAUCCGUCAAGAAAAUGAGAUUAAGAGGAGUUCCGGUAUAUUAAUACCACUCCUGAAGACCUACUGGGCGUUCAGCGUAGUACUGGUGCUGUUUAGGCUGGCCAACAGUCUGCUGACAUUCGUGAACCCCGUGGUCUUGGAUUGGCUCAUCUCAUUCGUGUCGGACAUGGAUCAGCCGGAAUGGCGCGGAUAUCUCUACGCGUUUAUCCUGUUUUUCUCAUCGAUGGUGGUGUCCAUCGUCAGCAGUCAGAGUAUGUACUACUCGCAGUUGAUCCGGCUUAAGAUGAGGGCCUGCAUCACAAACACCAUCUAUAGAAAGCAAUCCAUCGUGAGCAGUCAGAGUAUGUACUACUCGCAGUUGAUCCGGCUUAAGAUGAGGGCCUGCAUCACAAACACCAUCUAUAGAAAGAGUCUAUUGCUAUCAACUGACGGCAGAAAAAGUUUCACAAUCGGAGAGAUCGUAAACCUGAUGACAAUGGAUACCUUCCGGAUCGUCGAGUUCGUACCCAUGGUGAACAACAUGUGGUCGGCGCCCUAA